AUGCUUUUGAACGUACAAAAAUUUCUUCAAAACUGGGCUGUCAGCAAUGUAUGUCAUGGUGACACUUCAGCGCUGCAGCUCCAUCACCUCCCAAGCGGUGUCGCAUACUCCCGCGGCCUGUACCUGGGUACUUGCCGCGGAGCCGCUCCGGCUUUAGGCACAUGGUCACAGUCGCUCUCCUGGUUCGUGUGGCUGCAACGGGGAGGAGACUGCAGGUCGGCAGAGACGGCGGAUAUCGUGUUCUUAGUAGAUGAGUCUUGGAGUGUGGGAGAAGAUAACUUUCAGAUCAUCAAAGAUUUUAUUAGGAGCAUGAUGAGCUCAUUUCAGAACACAGAGGUGCUUGGGAAGGAAGGAAUGCGUUUUGGCGUUGCUGUUUAUGGAGAUUCCACAAGGAUGAGUAUUGAAUUGUCAGAUUAUGAAACUAUUCAAGAUGUACUACUGGCUCUCCAAACCAUUGAAUAUAAAGGUGGUAACACUAAGACUGGAGAAGCCCUUGCUUUUCUGGCUGACAGAGUAUUUAAUCCAUCUAUUUCCAGAGAAGACGUGCCAAAGAUUGUUUUACUACUAACAGAUGGUAAAUCUGGUGACUUGGUGGAAGAGAAAGCCCAACAGUUGCAAGACAGAGGUGUUACAAUUUUUGCUAUAGGUAUAAAGAAUGCAGACAGAAGUGAACUGAUAAAGAUUGCUUCUGACCCUAGUGAAGAACAUAUCAUUAUUGUGAGUGAUUACUGGUCCUUAUUUGAUAUACUGUCCAGGAUCUCCAGAAGAGUAUGCUUCACGGCCUCUGAGCCCCCAAGACCAAUCAAACAGAUUGUACAAACUGAAGAAAUUAUUGGCCCUAGAGAUCUAAUUGUGAGUGAGCAGAGUUACAAUUCCAUGCGUGUCACAUGGAGCCCAGCCACAGGUGACGUUGUAGGGUAUCAAGUUGUCCUGAAUUCUAUCACAGCUUCUGGACGUCUUAAUACAAAUGACCAGAGACAGAUUAUGUCGGACCGUGAUAAGUACACUUUGCUGAUGACGGAUUUGAGGCCAACCACAGAGUAUUUGUUCACAGUGUUGGCCAUCUACCCAAAUGUCAUUGGGGACUCUGUAACAGUCAGAGGAAAAACAACUCCGGUACCUCCUGUAACAAAUUUCCGUGUCACUGAAGAAGGACUUUUUGGUUUAAAAGUGGCUUGGACUCCUCCUUUGGGAAAAUUGGAUGGAUUCAAGAUCUAUAUCCCAAGAUCCAACAGACCUGGGUUUACGUAUGAACACAAUUUAAAAGGAGAUGUCUCCUCACACUCUAUUGAUAACUUAGAAGAAGAUAAAGAAUAUACCAUCAGUAUCUAUGCCGUAUAUCCUGAAGGACCAAGCCAACCUGUUUCCGCAGUGGGACGUACAUUGAAGCUGCUCUCGGUAAAAAGCCUGUCACUGCGCAACAUCACAACUGGAACCAUUCGUGCACACUGGACUCCAGUCCGGGGUGCCACAGGCUACCGACUUACUUGGGCAUCUGCAGAGGGAUACGACCAAAACAUUAACCUGGCUGACAGCUACUCUCAGUACUUGAUUCAAGGGCUGCAGCACGACACUGAAUAUACAGUAACUAUCAACCCAAUCUUUGUAGAUGUAGAGGGCCCCGUAGUUACUGCUAAAGCUGUAACCUUGGCUUCAAGUUCAGUGCAGAGUCUGAAAGCAAGUACAGUAACCAUCAGCACAGCAUUGAUCUCAUGGAAUGCAGUACCUGGGUCCACAGGAUACAGGCUAGUAUGGGGCCCAACUCCAGACUUUUUUGGGAGGGACCGCCCCCGUCAGCUGGCGCUAAACAGUACAUUUAUUUCUUAUGAGCUAAAAAACCUGGUACAUAACACAGAAUAUGUCAUCUCAUUAUAUGUGCUUUUCGGUUCUGCGGUGGGGCCAGGCAUCUCCACAACUGCCAGGACAUCACCUCUUGGAUAUGUGUCUAACUUCAAGGUGACUGGAUAUACCAGUACUUCUGUUUCUAUGGCCUGGAGUUCCACCACUGGAGCCACUGAAUAUAAGCUGUCCUGGAACCCUGCAACAUCAGACACCCCUAAAAUCCAAUACCUGGCCUCCACUGUCCGAUCUCACCACAUUACUAACUUACAACCGAACACCAGGUACACAGUGACCGUCCAGGCUGUUUAUGGUAACACUGAGGGGCCACCAGCCACCCUUGUUCAAAGCACAGACUCAAAUCCUGUUCAGGUACUUCCUGUUAAAGAUCUGCAGAUCAUUGAUACUGGCGUUAAUACUAUCAAACUUUCUUGGAAGAAAACAUCUGGAGUAACCCAAUACAAGAUAUCAUGGAUACCGUUUGAUGGUGGUGCUAGAGAAUCAAAGAUUGUUCCUGCAGAAUCUUCAUUUUUCAUCUUAUCUAACCUGAAGGAAAGUGCCACUUACAACAUCUAUGUAUCAUCCAUGAUUGGAAACCGAGAGGGAAGUUCUGUUCUUCUUACAGCAAAAACGUUGGAUCUACCAAAAGUGGAAUCCUUUGAAGUUAAAGAAACGACUGGGGACAGCGCAUUACUGAGUUGGUCCGGUGUGACUGGGGCAUCUUCAUAUCUUUUAACAUGGAGGCUGGCUUCAGUACCUGAUUCCUCUGUGGAACAGCUGGCGGCGUCCUACAGGUCAUUCCGGCUCAGUGGAUUACAGUUUGGUAGAACAUAUAUUUUUUCAAUAAAACCACUUUUUGGGGAGAUGGAAGGACCUGAGAAAGUCAUUACACAAACCAUAUCUGGACCAGCGAGGAAACCUGUGAACCCUGCUCCCAUCACUACCGGGCCUAAGCAGACAACACCAAUUGAAAGAACAACCACAAUAAGACCUGUCGACCAUCCUCGUCCGACUACACUGACAAGGGUCUCCAAAUCUACCAGCCCUGCAUUUAGAGAAACAACUGUUUCUCAGCCCAUUUGUGUGAAGCUGAAAGCUGACAUAGUCUUCCUUGUGGAUGAAUCCUCCAGCAUUGGGCCCAGUAAUUUUAACAAAGUGAAAGAUUUCCUCUAUAGAAUAGUGUCAUAUUUUCCCAGAAUCGGACCCCAAGGGGCACAGAUUGCUGUUGUUCAGUACAGUGAAGAACCGAGAACAGAAUUUCACUUAAACCAUCACAAAGACAGGAACUCAAUCUUGAAGGCCAUUCGAAACAUGCCAUAUUUUGGAGGCAAUACCAAUACAGGUCGAGGCAUUGGCCAUGUUCUGAAAGAGAUGUUUCAAGUGUCUCAAGGGAUGAGGCCUUCAUCUCCUCACCUGAUAGUUCUGGUUACUGAUGGAAGAUCACGGGACAGUGUUAUACAGCCAUCCAGAGUGGCUCAUGCUUUAGGAAUCCGUAUGAUUGCUGUGGGUGUUGGUGCUGCAGAUAUUGAUGAGCUGAGAAGUAUCAUGAUGCACCGUAAUCUGGAUAAUAUCUUCUUUGUCAGCUCAUUCGAUGACUUCCCUCUGAUUGUACAGGAGCUGAUAGAAACCAUUUGCUCUGAUAGUGGAAAGCCAAUUACAAUCGAACCUACAGAGUAUGUCGAUCCAGAGCCAGAAAAGCCAGAGGUGGAUCCUGAGCUGCCAGUGGGGCCGUGCCAGUCAAUAUGUUCAAAAGGGCAUAAAGGAGAAAAGGGUGAAAAGGGACCACCAGGGGAGUCUACUUUUACAGGUUUACAGUCUGGAGGGCUUGAUCUCUUUAAUAUGAAUUCAAAAGGAGAGAAAGGAGAACGAGGUAUCCCUGGCCAAGAUGGUGUUCCUGGCCUUCCAGGACGUCCUGGCCGAACAGGUCCUCCAGGUCCUCCUGGUCUGAUGGGUCAUAAAGGUUUUCAAGGUGACAUUGGGCCGCAAGGAUAUCCAGGACAGCCAGGACCAAAAGGGGACAGAGGGGAGCCAGGCUAUGUACUAGGAGCAGUUGAUGGAUUGGCUGGUUUAGGUGGCAUUCCAGGAUCCCCUGGGCAUAAAGGUCAUCCGGGAUCCCCUGGCCUUCCAGGACCACCUGGUGUUCCAGGAUUUCCUGGGCCACUGGGACCCCCUGGAUUUUCAGUUAAGGGUGAACCAGGUGAAACAGGGAGUCAGGGUCUACGUGGAAAACCUGGACCAAAAGGAGACAGGGGAGAUCAAGGAGAAGCUGGCAGGGCUGGUUUACCAGGUCCAAUAGGUCUUGAUGGUGUCCCAGGACUUCAAGGAACAAAAGGAGAAAAGGGCGUAGCAGGGAUCGGUUAUCCAGGAAUACCUGGUUUAAAGGGAAUGUUAGGUGAAAAGGGAUCUAUGGGGCUUAUGGGACUUCCUGGACCAAAGGGGGUGCCAGGACUGCAAGGAAUUGAAGGAGCAGCUGGACUACGGGGGAAAAAGGGUCUAGAUGGAGAAAAAGGUGAAAAAGGAGAACAUGGUGAGAUGGGACUGAGCGGUCCUGCUGGAAGAGCUGGACUUCCAGGACCUAUUGGACAGAAGGGGGACACGGGGAUCCAAGGUUUUCCAGGAGCUCCAGCUAUGGGGGUAAUUGGGCCUACUGGCAAAAAAGGAUCCAGGGGAGACAUUGGACCCAUUGGUCCGCAGGGUCCUAAAGGAAUAAAAGGAGAUCAAGGAGACAAAGGAAUGAAGGGAGAACCAGGAUAUGGAAUUCCUGGACAGCCAGGAAUAAAGGGAGAAUCUGGGGAAAGAGGUAACAUUGGAUUAACUGGAAAAAUCGGUCCCAAGGGACUAGACGGUGGCAAAGGGCAAAAGGGUGAGCUUGGAACUUCUUGGACCUUACCUGGACUAAGAGGUAAAGAUGGUGAAGCAGGUCUAAAAGGUGAACCUGGUAUUAAGGGAGAUACUGGAAUGAACGGGGAACCAGGUGAAAAAGGACAACGGGGCUCUACAGGGCUUCCUGGCCGUAUUGGUGGUGAUGGACAAAAAGGAGAGAUGGGACCACAUGGAAGAGACGGCAUUGAUGGCAAAAAAGGGAAUAGAGGCGAACAAGGACCACCAGGGCCACCUGGAAGCACAGUUACCUCAAUAGAUAAAAGUCUACUUGUCAAAGGAGAAAAGGGAGAUCCAGGAGAACUAGGUGAUCCGGGAGAAUCCGGGUUGAAGGGAGACAAAGGAGACCCUGGACCACCAGGACCAACAGGCCCAGAAGGACGGCCAGGACCUCCAGGCAACACUUUGAAGGAAACCAUUUCUGAGAAAGGGCUGAAAGGGGAAAAGGGAAACCCAGGGUCACCUGGGAAAAAUGGCAUAGAUGGCAAAAAUGGAAUUCCUGGAACACCAGGACAAAAGGGGGAGCUUGGACAGAAAGGGGAUCCAGCAGAUCAGAGUGUCAGGAAUUGGCAUUGCAGAAGUCUGAAAUAUCAGGAUAAUACAUCAGCAGAGGGUCAGGAACUCCAGAUUGUACUCAGGAUUCAGUGUCAGAAGCACACAGAUAUCAGGACCAGGAAGUUAAGGUUUGCAGAGACAAGAAAGCAGUACCAGGAAGGAAUUCAGGAUGACAGAAACAUGAAAGAAACUGCUACUGCCAUAGGGAUAAAGGGUGAUCAUGGUGAUAUGGGACCAAUGGGCCCUCCUGGGCCACCGGGCCCUCCAGGACCACAGGGUGCUUCUGGGAAAAAAGUCGAAAUGAAGGAUUUAGAGAUGCUGUUUGAGUCAUAUGGAAUAAAGCUAAAUCUUCUGAAGGAAUUAACUGACCAUCUCAUACAACAUGGGCUUACAGAUUUGUUUCAGCAUCUCCCAAGCUCAAAGAAAGAUCGUGCCACUAAGAAAAAGCAGGUUUUAAAACACACAACAGACACUGCUGGAACCUCAAAGCAUGAUAUUUCAAAUGAAACCGAGGAUGAAGAUUCAAGUGCACUUCUGGGAAACUCUUACAGAGUAGAUGGGGUGAGGACACAGCUUUCAAAACAGGAGGCAAAUGAGAGCAAGAGAGAGCAAAAGAAGAAGAAGAAACCUCAAGUGGAGUCUGUUCCUAUUGGUGUUAUUACAAAUGUAGUCUUGGAGGAGCAGGAGGAAAACGUGGAGGAUAAUGGUCUUCAACUUACCAUACAUGAGAGUAGCCCAUUACCACUGCCUACUGAGACAACUAGCACUGUAGAUGUAGAGAAACUGUCCAUAGUGACUUAUGCUGCACAUACACAACCUAACAGGCCUAAUAGGAAGCAGGACAAGGAGUCUAGAAAAGAGAAUAAGAAAAAGGGCCGUCUGGAGAAAACGGUGACUGAGACUAGGCCCAGAAACCACUCAACUGAAGAGACGACGGAAAAUGAAGGUGAUAUCACCUAUAGCACUGGAAGAGUUACCAGUAUGCCAACACCAACUGUAACAGAGCCAGCUACAAUGGGCAUUAUGAAGGAGGCACACAUGAACCAUGAGCUCUCUUUUGACACAAGCACAAUUCUGAAAAUCCAUCCAACAGUCAUUGGGAAGGAAACAAAUGAGAGCAAUAAAGAGAAGAGAAAGAAGAAUCGUAGUGUAACUUCAUCCACCAUACUUGUGAAACAGCAGGAGAUCAGUGUAAAUGACACACUGUUACAGAGACAUUCUCUUCUGGAUCUCCAGGAGACUGACAAGGAGCAAGGACUAACAAGCACACUGUACAGCUUCAAAGAGCAAGAAAGGAUGAGGCCUACAGCCCCUGCACUGACUGUGUCUGACCAUGGCCUCAGUACAACCGAGGACUUGGAGGUGAUCACUGAAGAAAAUCCAGAGUCUCCAGAAGCUCAGCAGAACCAUGUUAAUAGAACAGAACACGUGGGGAAAAUUCGAAUUAGAAGGAUGGUCGAAGACCAAGAAAGUAUGUCUUACCCAGGGACACAGGGAGGAAGAAGGAAAAUGAGAGACUCAGAUGGAGAUGACCAGACACAGACACUCUCCAAGAGGGAUAAGGAAGGAAAAAGACGUUCUGGACCACUAAGAGACAAAACUCAGAAGGGUGAACCUGGGGAUCCUGGAGAUCCUGGAACUCCUGGGCAGAAGGGAGAAAAAGGAGAAAUUGGUGAAAAGGGACAAAAGGGAGAGCCAGGAGUUGGCUAUAGAGGACCAGUGGGACAGGCCGGACCUCCAGGUAUUAAGGGUGAGCCCGGAGAGCAGGGAACCCCAGGGCCACAAGGCAUCCAAGGAAUCCAAGGAAAUGCCGGUAUGUCUGGAUCAGUGGGAGAGAGAGGUGCUACAGGGUUAUCUGGUCUUCCUGGACCUCCUGGGGAACGAGGGAAAAGAGGCAAGAAUGGGAACACUGGACCAUCAGGUAUCCCAGGUCUUCUUGGAAGAGAGGGAAAGCAAGGACCACCAGGCAUUAAGGGAGGGAAGGGUGAAGGAAUGGUGGGUGAGCCUGGUCCUCGAGGGCCUCGUGGUCUUCCAGGUGUCAGAGGAGAAAAUGGAAUCCCAGGACUACCUGGGGCUGCAGGAAUAAUGGGCCACAAGGGAUUUCCAGGUGUGAAAGGUGAAAGGGGGGACCGAGGUAUGUCUGGUUUCAAAGGAGACAAGGGCGACCCCAUGACUAUAUUUGGAACUCCAGGCUAUAAAGGAAGUAAAGGGGGAUCGGGUGACAGAGGUCAUCCAGGUUUUGAUGGAGACAAAGGAGAAAAGGGAGAAGAUGGACCACCAGGAGAGAAGGGUGUGAAAGGUGAAGCUGGCUUCAAAGGAUCUAUGGGACUGUUUGGAGCACGGGGACCCGUAGGACAGAAGGGUGAUCCAGGUGAACCUGGGCUUCCUGGAAGUGCAGGCACAGCAGGACUUGAUGGGAAUAAUGGACUUAAGGGAUCAAAAGGUGACAGAGGUCUGCAAGGGCAAAAGGGAGAUCCGGGAGAAAAGGGUGAUUCUGGAUUAAUAGGUGACAUUGGCCGAAAAGGAGAAAAGGGAAUGCAGGGCUAUCCUGGCAGAACAGGGGAAGCUGGUAUAAAAGGUGUUAAAGGUGAAAUCGGAACACAAGGAAACCCUGGUUUAUCAGGUUCUUCAGGUCCAACAGGGCCAAAGGCAAACAAUGGAGAAAAGGGAAUGGAUGGACCCCCAGGAGCUGUUGGAGAUAAAGGCGAUAAAGGCAGCAAAGGAUCUCCUGGUUUAGGUGGCUUUAGGGGACCAAUUGGGAACCCAGGACCAACUGGAGCUCCUGGACCUCAGGGACCUGAAGGACCCAAAGGAGAUCCAGGUUUAAAGGGUGAUAAAGGGAAAAGAGGAAAAUCCCUGCCAUGUCCACGAGCAGAGCCAGGGACACCAGGACAAAUGGGAUUAAUGGGAGAAGAUGGGCCUGAAGGUCUUAAGGGUGAGAAGGGGCAUCCUGGGCUCGCAGAGGAAGAUGUGAAGGACUUGGUCAGAAAAGAGUUGAGUGAUAAGUGUGGGAAGGAAUUCCAACUGAUCAUUAAGUCUACAAACCCAGAUGAAGGAUAUGAAGAAGAUGACCAGAGAGAGGAGGAAGAGGAGGUGACUGUGUCUCCUGAUUAUACUGUAUCUGAAAAUCAAACAGAAGCUAUGCAUUGGAAUGAGACCCAAAGCCCAACGCCAUCUCCGAGUACCACCUUUCAGCAGAAUUACACCGUUAUUGCACUUUAUUUUUCUGGAGACGGAAGAGAUAAGGAGCUAAUGGGACAAUUGCGUAGAAGGAAACGGCAUGCUGAAAGUACGUUUGAAGACCCCUGUUUGCUACCCAUGGAUGAAGGAUUUUGCUCGAGAUAUAUAUUACGUUGGUAUUACCAUUCACAAGCUGACAGCUGUAGACCAUUUGUAUAUGGUGGCUGUGGAGGAAACCGCAAUCGCUUUAAAACCAGACAGAAGUGUGAACAGAGAUGUAAAAGCUAAAGCAGGUUGGAACUAUGCUGAAUGGUUGAUUUAUAAAGAAAACAGAAAAAGUGUAUUUUGAUGCAAUUAGUAGCCCACAUAAAUGUACAUUCAGUGGCUUCAGCCAAUUCUCUUUAGGAUUUGGAGCAUGAUGGCUAUUGAUAACUGAAUGGUGCAUGACAAAGUAUUCUGAUGUACUCAUGGAAGUGUUAGCAUUUGUGUUGUUUAAAUAUUUACAGUAUUUGUGUGCAAAAUCUCAAAAAGAAUAAAAUGUCCUACAGCAGAGAUGAUGCCUGGGAAAGCAGAGGUCUCACUAUGGUGUAAGAUGGAUAUGUUUGGCAAGCAGGCUCCCAUAGCACCAGAUUUGUAUAUGCAACACAACUUGCAAGGCAGCCUAGUUUAUAGUAUUAAAUAUGACUUAAAAUACAAUCUGUUAGUAAAUACUAUCAGUUCACAUGUAAAUAGAAUAAUAUGUUUCCCAGUUUCUUUAAUAUCAAUGUUGUUGCAGUAUUUUUGUCUCUUUGUAUUACAAAAACUAUUACUUGAAAUGAAAAUGAGUGGUCCAGUGAGUUGUUCAUCCCUGUUUUGCUUUGUUUCUUGUAUGCACAGAAUAAAUGUUGACUUAAGCAGUGUAUUUUGGCUUUGCCUUACUUCUCUGAGUGUUCAUGUUUUUGCUGCAAUAAAUAUUGUACAUAACAUUAUAA